UUAAUCAUCUUUACAAACUUUGAAUGUCAAAAGUGAAGCUUUCAAAAUCCUGAAAAUCAAGUUUAUUUCUUUUGUGUCAAAAGCUUUAUGGACAUACUCGUCAUAUGACAAACACAGCUAGCAUGCUGUAUGACGUCAGUAAAGGUUAAGAAAAGCCGCUUUUUGAAGUGCAGAGACAUUCAACCAUGAAAGUUUUGUGUGUUCUCUUGUUGCUUGUUUGCGUCAUUGCUUUGGCCGCUGGCCAUGGGUACAUCAGAGACCCUGCAGCCAGGAACGCUUGCUGGCAGUAUGGUUUCAAGUCUUGUGGUAAGGAAUGGACCAUGGACGAGAAGAACUGCGGUGCUGUCUCAACCCAAURKGACAAGAAUAAAGGAAAAUGCGGAGUCUGUGGUGAUCCUUAUCAUCUAAAGAUUCAAAAAUACGUCUACCCGGGCUCACAUGCUACUGGAACUAUCACUAAAACAUAUAAAAUGGGACAAGAGAUUGAACUUACGCUUAUGAUYACCGUUACGCACAAAGGCUGGUCUGAGUUCAGAGUUGGAGACAUCGGUCAACGACCCAUCACACARGACAAGCUCAGAUACUUGCUACCUAUCGCUGGUACUGGCGGGACAACACGGUGGUCUCAUAAUAAGUUCGUUAAAGGAAAAGGUCUAUACAAGAUAAAGCUYCAGCUUCCUCCAAGUCUAACCUGUGAUAACUGCGUCCUUCAGUGGUGGUGGAAGACGGGCAACAGCUGGGGGUGCGAUAAAGAAGGGUGUGGCAUGGGACAUGGACCUCAGGAGACCUUUGUAAACUGUGCUGAUAUUAGUAUCACCAGAAAUGGUGCCCCAUCGCCAUCAACUGCACCUACUCCUCCCCCACCAGGUCCUACUAAUGCUCCCCCUCCCCCUCCUACCCCCGCACCCCCUACCCCUGCUCCACCAACAGGGAAGUGUCGGGCAAUAGGUGCCUGGCAGGGCAAUGCCAAUAUGGACGCUUGGUGUAAUAGUAACUGUCCUCUAGGAAACUGUCCAUCCAACAUGUGUGAGUGCAAAUAAACUUGCUCUUUCACUAAAGGAAGACAAUCUGAAUGCAAUAAAGUCAUGAAAAUA